CCGUGACGUCACACCGGGGCUGGGCGUCGUGACGUCACGGCGGCCACGAGCCCGCCGCCCGGCCGCGGCCCGGUUGCCGUGACGUCACCGCCGGGGCCGGGCGCCUCCCGCCGUGCCCCGCGGCCGGAAGUGGCGCGAGCAGGGAGACGUGUCCGAGCGGCGGGGCCGGAGCGUGAGCGCGGGGCACCGGGAGAGAGCGGGUACCGGGGGGACACCGGGUACCGGGGCUGGAACAGGAACCGGGGCACCGGGAGAGAGCGGGAUGAUCACGGACGUGCAGCUCGCCAUCUUCGCCAACAUGCUGGGCGUGUCGCUCUUCCUGCUGGUCGUGCUCUACCACUACGUGGCCGUCAACAACCCCAAGAAGCAGGAGUGAGGACCCGGUGACCGGGGAGCCCGCCCGCCCUGCCAUGCCCCUCCGUCCCUCCGUCCCUCCCUCCGUGCCCGGGCCCCGGGAGGCGCGAGGCCGAGCUUCCUCCAGAGCGAGUUUAACGGCAACACGAUGAUACAGCAGA